GGUAGGCAGAGUAGGCGGUGGUUCUAACUGUCUGGUUACCUGUUACCGUUUUUUAUGCGACUGUCCUCCUGGACGUGAACGUGUACAGUUAAAUCGAAGCGGGUUUUUCUACGAUAACCUUGUAAGCGAACUUCUGGGACGUCGGGGUAAUAUCGAACAUUAAGUGCGGUAAUCCACAGGAACGCAUCCAAACAUAACUCGUUGAAAUUUGUCUACCUGUGAGGACUUGCUGGGAGACCAUUUCUGUUUCAAGCGCGACCGGAGGAAGCCGGGAAAAACCAAAGAAGACUGCGAGGCAUUUCAUUUUUUCAGUUUAAUGUGCUUCUUUAGGAUAACGGACUAAUCAAGUGACAGAAAUGAGCGGGGGGAACGAAAGGGCAGCCCGUGCUUUGAAAGAAAUUCUUCAAAGGCCAGGUAACCACGCCUGCGCAGACUGCGGAGCAGCUGACCCAGAGUGGGGCUCCUGUUCCCUGGGAGUGUUCAUCUGCUUGGCCUGCUCAGGGAUUCACCGAAACCUACCGGACAUCGGCAAGGUCAAGUCCCUCCGCCUGUCGCGAUGGGAAGAUUCGGAGGUGCAGUUCAUGGCAGAACAUGGGAACGAAGCAAUGAAAGCCAAGUAUGAGGCUGUAGUUCCGGUCUACUACUACAAGCCCACACACAAGGACUGCCAGGUUCUGAAAGAGCAGUGGAUCAGGGCUAAAUAUGAGAGGAAGGAGUUCAUGGAGUCUGGGAGGAAGCUGACCUACGAGGAGGGGACCAGGGACGGCAUGCUGAUGAAGAGGGGACGGGACAACGGUCAGUUCCUCAGCAGGCGGUUCGUGCUCAUGGAGAGGGAGGGCACGCUGAAAUACUUCACCAAGUACGACGCCAAGGAGCCCAAAGCGGUAAUCAAAGUGGACUCCAUCAAUGCCAGUUUCCAGCCAGAGAAGAUCGGGAACCCCAACGGGCUGCAGAUCACCUAUCUGAAGGACUACAGCACCCGCAACAUCUUCUUGUACCACGAGAACGGCAAGGAGAUUGUGGACUGGUUCAACUCCAUCAGAGCCGUUCAGUUCCAUUACCUGAAGGUGGCCUUCCCAGGAGCAACUGACGCAGAGCUGAAGCCCAAACUGACCAGGAACUUCCUGAAGGAGGGUUACAUGGAGAAGACGGGACCGAGGCAAACAGAGGGCUUUAAGAAGCGCUGGUUCACUCUGGAUCACAGGCGGCUGAUGUACUUCAAAGAUCCGCUGGAUGCCUUUGCCAAGGGGGAGGUGUUCCUGGGCCACAGGGACCUGGGGUAUAGCGCCAGCCCCGGCCUUCCUGCAGGCACCCACUGCAACGGAGCCUGGCAGUACGGCAUCACCAUAGUGACGCCAGACCGCAGCUUCCUGUUUACCUGCGAGACUGAGAGCGAGCAGCAGGAUUGGCUGAACCACUUCAACGCCGUCAUCGGGACCACGAUGACACCGCAGGAGUACUCCAUGGAGGCUCUGUUCAAGCACAAACACUGAUGGACAUGAACACUGCCGUCCCUUUGUGGUCCCCCAUCACUUGUCGACUCUUCAGUGACCAGGUGGACUUCUUCACUGUUUUAACCCUCAGCUGGCUCACACCGGUUCAUCGGUGCGCCAACCACGGAGGCCUCUGCUGCAUCAUGGGAAAUAAGACUGGAACCGGUGAGGCCCUGGGCAGCUGAGAGAUGUGUUCCGCAUAACUACCUACAAACAAAUACAUCUCCCAGCAUCCCACCAGAGGUGCCUUUAACUAAACGAAUGCUUGUGACCAUUCACUGAACUGUUCGGACUAUUUUAUGGUACCCUCCUCUGUUAGUGGCAUGUGUGCUCUGAAUGUUUGCUGACAGAGGGGAACCGCUCAAAAAGGAAUCGUAUUCCAAACACCUCCAGUACCAUCACAGACUUGGGCAAGAUUCUUAUGUUGCAACUCAUGUGAAACUCGAUGGAGUCAUUUCAAGGCAGUGUAGAUCCCCCUGACUGUUCAUCUAGAUAAAGGCACCUUUGGCUCAAACAUCCUGAUGUAUUGAUCGUCAUAGUAUCACCCCUCAGUCAAACAGGGCUGAUAGAGAGAAGGGGGUGGAGAAUCACCUGUAUUAUCACCUGUAUUUAUGAAACUGAAGGGAAGCCCAGACCACAGACCUGACUGAACUGUAACCCACUUUGGUACACUUUCGUUAUGAUGAGUUAAAGCUGGCUAGUAGCGGAUCAUAAUUUUGUUUUGCUGUGGACCUCUGUUUGAAGACGGAAACAUGACCACAAACAGAAUCACUCUAAAUCUGUUGAUGAUACCGCCCUUCAGAGUAUCUGCACACUAAGAUAAUUUUUAUUGCUUUUAUUUCAGCAUGUUUGCCAGGCUGAUUCAGCAUAUGAUGGUUUCCAUGCCAACCCUUGAAUUUCAUAUUUGAUUCUGUAUAAUGAAAGAUUAUACUGCUGACUUUCAUUUGAAAAAGCAAGCAGUUCUUCAGAACAAAGCAUGGCAAUGCAUUAGGGGUUUAUGAAAUUGUUUUAAUCUAAUAUUCAAUUUUAAUAACCUCAAUUUUAAUAAGUUAUUACACAUACGGCCUCACCUUUUCUGAAGAUCGCACAUUGAGGUCAUGAAUGCAUACAUUACAAAAAUGAAGAGUUGAUGAAAUAGAAGAAAAUUAAUGACUUUUCUACGUCUGUCGAAUCCCAAUUAAGAUGCAUCAUUACCAGUUCAUUACUGAAGUAAAGUUUUUUAGAGCACAUAAAGAUUUCAAAGACUUCUCUGGAAAGACUGACACCUGCUGGCAGUCUAUUACAGUUAUUCCCUACUCCCAGCUAUAUGCAGUAGUAUAUCUGAUACAUUAGAUAAUCCCUUGGAGAAGAGCCUCUGCCAAAUGAAUAAAUAAUGUUAAAACUAAUAAAUCAAUAAUAAUAAAAACAGUGACUUUUAAUAUAGCCCUGCCAUGUGUAAUGAGGUGGCAGAAAGUACUGGUAGUUAUUAAUAUUGGAUGUUUGAUUAAGAUGGUUACGUAAGCCCUUGAAUAUUUCAUUGUGAAACCAGGGCGCCCCCUAGUGGUAUUUUUUUCAGAUCUUGGUAUGACAGCUGGGUCAUAUCAUUUGCCUUACUUCAGUAUAUUAUUGCACAAAUUAUUUCAAUUACUCCAAUUUAAUUAUUAACUUUACAGAAAUGUCCUAUACUUUUCAGUAGGAUCUUCAGUAUUUAAACUGGAUGUUUUAAAAGGGUAGAA